AGGUCUUGACAAUGACCCUGCCAGUAAGACUGAGGAUCAUCCUGGGUGAAAAUGAUGCCAGGAAGUUACAUUUGCCCGCUGGGUUACCAGACUCCAUCGAAGAACUGUGCCAGACAAUAAAGACAAGUUUAGGAUUGCAGAAAGAUUUUCGACUUCAGUACCAAGAUGCUGAUUUUGGAAAUGAAUUUGUUAACCUGUCAGUGAUCUCAGAAAUACAGGACAAAGCAACUAUAAAGGUGGUCUUCCUACAAAAUUCUACAGAUGAUGCAAUGAUAGGUCGGUCUCCAGCAGUCCAAACUCCUUUGGAUUCGUCAUCGCUCUCCUCUGAUGCGGAUGAUACAGAGCCUGCUUCAUCUUCAGGUUCAUCGCCAUCUACAAGGCAUUGGGUUUGGCCAAGCAUCUUCUCCAUCCCUACCUUCAACUAUGAAGCUGAACUCCAACUUGAAAAGGCCAAUGCUGAGAACUGUACUGAUGGAACUUGUUUGAACCCCUCACCGAAACUGAAAUCUCACAUUCUGGAACGUCUGUCUGAAGAAAUCGUUAAGUUUAAAGCCUACCCCAAUGACAGUGACCUGAAUGACGUUGCUGAGGCUCUUGUGAAAAAGCACCCUUGUCUGUGGGAACAGGGGUCCUUCAACGGCUGUUAUGGUUGGAAGAUCAGCCUUAAGUAUAAAAUGGCCAACCUCCGAAGCAAACUAAGGGGGCUGGGAUGUGCCGAGGUAAUGCUUAAUUCACUGAAGAGCAAGAACCAAGAUAAAUCUCUGGCAGCAUUGAAUGUCAAAAAGCCAAGAAGGGCAGAAGUCAAUUACUGUCCAGAACACCCAAAAGGAGAAACCACCGAGAGUCUUGAAGAAGAGAGAAUUGCACUGCUUUCUGAGUACAUGAAAAAAGACAAUUGGCAUACAGUGACAGCAAAAAUGGACAAGACUUUCUCAUACAGGAGGCAAGAAGUUCUGCAAGGACAACCCUUCGUUGCAGACUUCAAAAGCAGAUGGCCAGCUCUUUUCAAUGAGAAAGAGAUCGAUAAUGAAUUCAAGCGCAUAUCAACUGUGCCUCUGCUUUCGACAUUCUUCGCUGCACUUGACCAGUACUCUCCCCGUCUGAUAGAGAUCUUUAGACAUAAAGGUGGAGCAGGUGGAAGGAAGAUCCAACAUGUCAUGAUGGACAUUUCCAAGGAUGACACAAUACACACUAGACGAACAUGCGUCCUCAAGUCCUUGUGCAUCUACCUGAAUGAAGACCACGAAAAACUUGUGAAGGAAUACAAGAACACAGACACAGAGGCCACUGCGUCCAUGGGGCAAACUGUUCUGGGAGUUUAUGUAAUCCGGAAGGAAGGAGUGGAGCUGAGACAUGAAGACCCAGAAGACAUCGGUGUCCUGAUUGAAGGUGUGGAAGUUCUUAACAACCUGCAGAGCAUUGGAAUUGCUUGUGCUUUGUUGUUUGGACUUACAUACUGUUUGAAUCUGAGCUACCCGUCAAAGCUCAAAUGCACCUUUGAAGUCCUGCAAAAGAUAUUCCUCGAUCUUGAUGGGCAGAGACUGUCUUCCAAGGCACAGUUCCUCAAGAACAAGCUUAUGAGCAAAUAAGCUUGAGGAAGACUACAAUAAGUCUGAAGGGAGGAUUUUGUUUACUUUUGAGAGUUCAAAUUUAGGUGUUAUGAUGAUGUGUUAUGAUGUUAUGUUAUGACAAUUUAUAGUUUGCUCAGUGGAGUGAGAACAAGAGAGUCUCCAAAGUUAAAAUGUCUCCUAUAUUUAAAUGUUGCUGGAACAGAUAGAGUUGUAUCUUUACUACUGAUUUUAUUACAUAAAGUGUUGCUAAAGAAGUUUCACCCUUUGGCUGAAAAAUGUUUAAGAAGCCACUACAAUGGUUAUAGAUUCCUGUGCUGUCGGUGACUUUACAGAGAUUUUAUUUUGUAUUGUACAGUUUAUUCACAUAACAGUCACAAAUGUUUUUUUCUUUGCCAUGCCUGCCUUGUGUAAAUUUUACAAGAUUUGAAAUAUAUAUAUAUAUAUUUUAUUUUCUAUUCUGCACAUAUCUUAUUUUCCAGUUGUUUUUAUUUAGGGACCAAAGGAUGAGAUUUAUGUCUUUAAUGGCAUUUCUUUUUGUUGUAGUUUAGAAUUUGGUCAACUAGAAUGUUUCAACGGUGGAUUUGGCACUGUGUUGUAUGUUAAAUAAAUGUUAAACACAAAUGUUUGAAUAAAAUGUGAAUUAAUUUUUUCAGUCUUUUAUUUUGUAAUGCUGGUUAAUUAAUACAUACUAGUACGAACAAUGAACACAAAUCUAAUUGAACCAGUAAGAUUGAUAUUAGUGUGACAAACAGAGCUUAUGUUUGUUCAUUCAACAACACUGACAUUUGUAGAAAGAACAAGAUCUGAAAAGGUUCAUACAGCAAGAUGGGAUUUUGUUGUUUCAACAUGUUUAAAUAAUGUAGAUUAGACUAAUGAUUGUUGAGUUCAAAUUACAUGGUCAAGGCAAGCUGGUUGUACUUGAUUUGUUUAGAUGG